CGCGAGGCCCUGGCAGCCCGGUGGAGUGUCCCUGAGACCCCUCGCCUUGCCUGGGCGGCCGCGAGUCCUGUCCAAGAACCCCGGGCCAGGGGCGGAGACCGCGGGGUAGCGUCUCUGACUCUGGUGAAGCUCUGUCCCGCGUCCGUUCAGCACUGCGGCGUCGGGUGAUCGCCCACCUUCCCGGGGACGCGCCCCCCCACCCCCUGCUUCGUGGAGCGCCCUGCUCGAGCCGCAGGCUCUGCCCCUGAACCUGCCCCCAGCCCGGCACUGGGCACCCUCCCCAGAGCCAGCGGCGGCCGAGCCCACUUCCUAACCAGCUCCCAGACGCCUCUGCCCCAGGCAGGCGGCUUCCUGCCGGCUGGGACACCUGGGUAGGCUUCCUGGCGUCCGUUCUGGCGUGUUGUCCAGGAUGCAGCCGGGGAUCAUCCCAAAGCCCUUAACCUGCGUUGCCCACUCCCGGCUCAGGACUCCUCCGUGGCUCCCUGUUUGCCCCAGGAUGAAGUCCACACUCAGAGGGCACGACCUGACCUGGCCCUGGCUCCCUCUGGGGCUCUUUUGCUCACCUCUUCCUCCGGGGUUCUGCUCUGGCCAGGAACCUGCAGUUCUUGGAACACUCUGUCACUUCUGGGGCUUUUCCUGUGCUGUUCCCUCUGUCCCAUCCCCUGUCACCUGCCCACUUUCUCUGCGUUUUUCAGACUGCGCCUUCCCUCUGGCAGAUCUGCCACCCUGACCGGUUGGGUGCAGUGCCAUCAAAGUCGACCAUAUGUAGGUCAUCUUGCCGUGUUUCGAUUGCUUAGUUGCUUGUUGGUCCUCACAACACCACUAACCUGCACGGGCCUGGCAGAGGGGCACCCAGUUCCAUGCUUGUGGACGGAUCGAUGGGGUUCAGAUUGCCAGGGGUGUGGCCCCAGUGAGUGAGGCAUCUGGGUGUGCACUACCUAGUCCAGCACCCAUUAGUGACACAGAGAAGUUCCAGCUAUUUGUGGCCCAAGAGGAGACUGCCCCCUGCCCCGUGAAAUCAGGCAGACCCUGGAGGCUCAUUUUUUCCUCCUGCAGCUUCCCCCUUAACUGUUGCUUACCAUUCGCCCAUUCCAUUAGCAAAGGGUUGUUGAGGCAAAACAGAUGCUCGUCCUACCCUCACGGAGUUUCAAGGUUGUGUGUGGUAGGGAGGUAGUCUCAUUAAGCGCGUGGAAAUACAAGCUGUGGUGACAUGAGUGCAUGUGAGCGGUCCUAACCCACUUUGGAGGACUCUGAGAGCAUUGGAAGUGAGAUUCAGGGGUGGAUGGGAUGGGCAAGGACGUCUGGUGGGGCUGGGGAAGGGGUCCCCAGCAGGCAGAAGGGAGCAGGGCAGCUUGUCUGUGGGGAGAGAGGGUCAGAUGGGAGAAAAGUGGGUGUGGAGAGGUCACCCUGCGCUGGGAUGCAGGCCUGGGGGGCUGUGGUGAGGGAUUGAUCUCUGUUUUUAGAAAAGUGGGAGCCCCCGGGACACCCCAAAGGGAGGUGGCGUGAUGAUCGGACUCCUAUCCUGAAAAGAUUUGGCUGCUGGGGUGGUGUCCUGGAGCAGGCUGGUCAGCAAGGCAGGAGGCUGUUGCCGUAGUCCAGGUGAAAGGUGACAGGCGGUGACCAGCUGGUGCUUGAAGGGAGACAGGCAAGGCCCAUGGGCCCUGCUGACAGAUUAGAUUGGAUUGGAUUGGAUUGGAUCUGGGCAGUGGAGGGAGGUGUCGAGGAUGACACUCACGUUUCUGGCUUGGUAUUGGGGCUCUCCUGCCCUGGUGUGCCCCUUCGUCCUCCAGGGUUCCCAGAGGCCUCUGCCUGCCCACUGGGCUCUCAAAGCAGACCUCCAUCCUGCCACUCAAAUUCCAGACCCUUCCCAGCCACUCAGCACCAGCGGGUAUCACCUGUUUGGGGGCUAGACCUCUUUUAGAAUAUGUCAAAGCUGAUGGUUAUCAAUCUUCACACAGUGGACACUGGGGCUGGGUCACUCUCUGGGGUGGGGCUGUCCUGGGCACUGCAGGGUCCUGAGCAGUGUCAAUGGCCUCCACCCACCCCAUGCCAGGGGCACCCCAGUUGUGACAACCAAAACUGCCUCCAGACAUUGACAAGUGUCCCCAGCAGGGUGAAAUCAUUUGAGAAUCAGUAUGAUAGGCUGUGCCCUUUGAGAAGUACUCACUCGGACUCGCAUCCCACCUGGGGGUUCGGGGUGUGUGAUGCUGUCCACCCUGGCUUUCACAGUUCUGUCCUCUCCUCCCUGUGUGCCCCUGAGUCGAGGUGACUGGGAUGUGAGUCUCACUUCUCAAGUCCUGAGGGAGCAGGUGUGUUUCUGGGCCUGAGACUAUUCCUUGGGGGAGGGGGGCACGAGCCAUGUCCGUGGGCUGCAGCUGUCGCACCCUUGUGUGUCUAGACCUACCUCUGAACUGCGUCUCCCUGGCCCAGUGGUUUUCAAAUGCUCUGACCCAAAAGCUGAAUGUGCCAGGGCGUUCUGCCACUGAAACAGUUGUGAGCAUGUCUCCCUCCCUCGUUCCAAUCUGUAAUCUGUAAGGAAAGGCGUAGUCAGGGGUAGAUUUCUCUCAGACCUUUUUGUUUUUUUAGUGUGUAUCUGUUGGCAGCUUCCUACAUGACUGUGGUUGCUUUAGCAACUUAGCAGUUAUCAAUUUAAUACAAUGUUUCAGGACAUUCUGCUAAAAGGAACAUGUGAGUUUCUGCUCUGAGACAGGCCCCUUGCCCUGGAACUCCCCUCCCUCCUCUUACCUGCUCUUCUGUGGGGUAAGUGGUGUGUGCAUUUAUAGAUGCUGAGGCUAGGGAGGGUAAAUGACUUGCCCAAGGUCAUGGAACCCCUAAAUCAGUGCUGGCUAGAGUCCCAGGCUCCCCUGACCCCACUCAGCCUCCCCUGCCUCUAAGGCUGAGCCCCUGGCCUGGCCUCAAGCACAGGGAAGAGCCAUUGUCCUAACUCAAUAAGGGCCUUCCAGCCUGAGAUGUAUCCUGCCUUUGUUUCUGGCGCCUCUGUUUGUUGUAUUUCCUCUGCCGGGGUUCCUCUCUCUGCAGACAUGGCAGUCCUGCGAGGCCCCUGUGAGCUGUGGACAUCCGUCCUUGUCCCAGCUGCCCCCAUCCCCUGGGGGUGACAGAUGAAUCCUUAAGGAUCACAGAGACAGACCGGGGAAGGGUCUGGGCAGCAGCAUUGACUGAAGCCUGGGAUGGGGGCUUCCCUGGGCCCAGGGCAGGGGUGUGUGCCAGAGGGUGGGUUGGGGCUGGGGUCUGGUCCCCGCACAGCCUGCUGGCUGGGCCGACAUGGCAAGAAGUGGUGAUUGCAAUCUCAGGGAGUGUGGUUGUAGGGGGUGGGCUGGGGGAGAGGAGUCUGGGCAGGAGAGGAGACUAGGAUUGAGGCCAGAGAAGCUUUGGGCCCGCACCUGGCACAGGUGACCAUGGUGCCCCAGAAGGACCUCCAUGCCUUGCUGUUCCCCUGCAGGGUUUCCCACUGCACAACAUGGAGACCUGUGGCUGCAAGGCUCCCAGGGGCUCAGCUUGGACCGCAAUGGGGCUGGGCUGUGGCCUCCUAACGGGGCUCUUGUCUGGGGCAGUGGCCAGGGGGACACCCUCCUGUGACUCGGAGCACCCCCACCCCUCCCCUGCCAGGUGAGGCCAGGCGGUGCCCGCCAUGAACGGCCUGUCAGUGAGCGAGCUCUGCUGCCUAUUCUGCUGCCCGCCCUGCCCCGGCCGCAUCGCUGCCAAGCUCGCCUUCCUGCCACCGGAGCCCACCUACUCGCUGCUGCCCGAGCCCGAGCCGGGGUCCGGCGGGGCUGGUGCUGCCCCCUCAGGGACCGUGCGUACCUCCUCGGGCACCCCUGGGCGCUGGAAGCUCCACCUGACGGAGCGCGCUGACUUCCAGUACAGCCAGCGUGAGCUGGACACCAUUGAGGUCUUCCUGACCAAGAGCGCCCGUGGCAACCGCAUCUCCUGCAUGUACGUGCGCUGUGUGCCUGGUGCCAGGUACACAGUUCUCUUCUCACACGGCAAUGCGGUAGACCUGGGCCAGAUGUGCAGCUUUUACAUCGGCCUGGGCUCCCGCAUCCAUUGCAACGUCUUCUCCUACGACUACUCUGGCUACGGUGUGAGCUCGGGCAAGCCCUCGGAGAAGAACCUCUAUGCUGACAUUGACGCUGCCUGGCAGGCCCUGCGCACCAGGUACGGCAUCAGCCCGGACAGCAUCAUCCUGUAUGGGCAGAGCAUCGGCACGGUGCCCACCGUGGACCUGGCCUCGCGCUACGAGUGCGCUGCCGUGGUGCUGCACUCGCCGCUGACUUCGGGCAUGCGCGUGGCCUUUCCCGACACCAGGAAGACCUACUGCUUCGACGCGUUCCCCAACAUCGAGAAGGUGUCCAAAAUCACGUCGCCUGUGCUCAUCAUCCAUGGCACGGAGGACGAGGUGAUCGACUUCUCUCACGGGCUGGCGCUCUAUGAGCGCUGCCCCAAGGCCGUGGAGCCGCUGUGGGUGGAGGGCGCCGGGCACAACGAUAUCGAGCUCUACAGCCAGUACCUGGAGCGCCUGCGCCGCUUCAUCUCCCAGGAGCUGCCCAGCCAGCGCGCCUAGUGGCGGCCGGUGCGCCCGGCCGCGUGACCUCAGCAAUAAGGCGGCCGCCCGCCCGGACGCCCCGGGGGCUGCAUGUGGACCUCCCGGGCCGCCCAGGACUCCCCAGGCGGCGGGCGCCGGGACCCUGCCCCGGCCCAGGGGCUGUGGACGAUGUACAGGCGAUGGAAUUAUGCUCUCCUCUUGGAAGCAAAAAGAAGAAAAACCUGAAAACAAAUUAAAAAUUUAAAAUUUUA